AUGGCGCUUGCGUAUUUUGCAGGGGUUCAGCCACACAGGCCCAGCAUUGACACCCGUGGAAGUUCUGGUUGCAAUCAUGGCAUGUUCCCUGAGAAGGAUGGAUUGCACUUAAGCAGGUGGAGCAAGUGCCUCUUCCUCUCCCUCUUUAUGAGAACAAUAAUUCAAGCUAUUGAUGCUUUCCCUAAUCUGGUUGAUUUUGUGAUGGGUAUACUCUCCAAGCUUGUCGGUAGGCAGGUAUGGAAGAUGCCCAAGUUAUGGCCUGGGUUUAUGAAAUGCCUGUCUCAGACACCACCGCACUCUUACAAUGUCUUACUGCAGUUACCUACACCCCAGCUUGAGAUUUGUCUCAAUAGAUAUGGCAAUAUUAGAAGUCACCUCGCGGCAUAUGUCAAUCAACAGAACAUAGGAGCUUCUCUGCCAAGGACAACACUGAAAGCUCUCGGCCUUGUCAACGAGCGUGGGCCACUCCCAUUUGGUCAGGCCAACAUGCAUGCAUCGGAGACAAGCUCAUCAAUUCAUGGCCCAGCCCCUACGUAAUGCUCGAAAAUAAAGUCUUGGUUCAUGACCCAGGACUCAAAAAUUUCAAAAUGGAAAAGGAAGCUGCCUAAUUCUGGGAGACAAAAACGUGCUCUUUGAAAGAUUACUAUUUUUUUGUGAGACAUGCUCAGGAUGUUUCCAGGCACCAGACGAGCUUAAGAAGCGACAAAAGAUCGUCCGGGUUCGAGUUCUAACACUACCAGUAAUGCAUGCAUGCUCACACCAAAACAGUAGAAGAUCUCAUUGAUGAUAAACAAAGGCUUUGCCAUCCUUAAGAAGGCACUUACCAUUGGCAGCAGUUGCAGCAGUGGGUGUACAAUUACUUAGUGUAUUAAUGUACUCUUCUUGAUAAGUUGUAUUUUUUUUUUGUUUAUUAUUUUUAUUAAUUUUUCUUUUUCCAUUUGCUAUACCUGCUCAUAACCUUCUCUU